AUGGAGAGAAGGUGGAAAAAUUACAGGGUUAUUAGCGGUCAUUCGGGGUGGGUACGAUCAGUUGCGGUAGAUGCUACUAAUACUUGGUUCUGUACAGGUUCCGCGGAUUGUAGUAUCAAGAUAUGGGAUUUAGCAAGUGGUAGGCUAAAGGUAACGUUGACAGGUCAUGUUGAGCAAAUAAGAGGUGUUGUUGCUAACAACAACAGCAACAUGAUCUUCUCUGCUGGAGAUGAUAGACAAGUGCAAUGUUGGGACGUUGAACAAAAUAAGGUGAUUCAUUCCUUUCAUGGCCAUCUGAGUGGCGUUUACUGCUUGUCUCUUCAUCCCACAAUGGACCACCUUCUGUUCACGGGAUCUAGGGAUUGUGCAUGCAGAGUUUGGGAUAUCCGCACUAAAACUCACAUUCAUCUUCUUUCCGGACAUGAAAACACUGUUUCCUCUGUUUUUACUCUUCCUCAACAGCUACUUGUGGUGACAGCUUCUCACGACUCAACCAUAAAGUUGUGGGAUAUAAGAUAUGGUAAGACAAUGGAAACACUCACUCAUCACAACAGAUCUGUACGUGCUAUGGUUCAAAAUUAUUAUUAUUCCUCUUUUGCUUCUGCAUCAACCGAUGGCAACAUAAAAAAAUUCAACCUUCCCAACCCACAAUUUUUACACAAUAUGCAACACACCACGACUAUAAUCAAUGCAAUGGCCGUCAAUCAUGAAGGUGUUAUGGCUACCGGAGGUGACAAUGGAAGCUUGUGGUUUUGGGAUUGGACAAGCGGUCACAAUUUUCAGCAAGCUCAAACAAUGGGAUCGUCUCAGUCUGAGGCUAUAUAUGCUCUCACAUAUGACGUUACUGGUACAACACUUAUUACUUGUGACUCUAACAAGACCAUAAAGAUGUGGAAACAAGAUGAAAUCGCUACAACAGAAACAUGA